AGAGAGAGAAACGCAAUGGGGGCAGGGAGAGAAAAAGACGCUGGAUAAUGGGAUUGAGGGAACGAGUGAGGAGAAGAGAGACGGAGUGAGAGACAUAGUUGGGGUACACCUGACCUUAAGAAGGGAGGGGAGCUCCUCUGUACACACACACACACACACACACACACACACACACACACACACACACACACACACACACACACACACACACACACACACACACACACACAGAGAAGCAGUGCCAGCAGGCAGAGGCAGUGAGCGAGCUAACAGAGAGACUGUCGACCAGCAGCCAUGACAGACACCGAUUCUCUAAGUGAAGCACUACAGGCUAUCAGUGUGAGUACAGAGCUAAUUGAAGAGGAGCUCAAGCCUCAUUUGGACACAGUACUAUCUUCUUUGCUGGAAAAGAGCGCCGGUGGUGCUGCCGAGCUGGUGAUGUUCCAACAAACAGUGUGAUAAACACAUAUAGUAGGGAUUUAGCUGGAUACAUGAGAAAGAUUCUGCUGUUGCGAUUGUGAAUAGUGGGAUUCUACCCACAUUGGCUCAGGCUUUACAAAGUAAAAGCAGCCUGUGCUGCCAGGUGGCUCUGGUGGUGGCAGAGAUGGCCCGUGAAGCUGCAGUCAGGGAGUCGUGCAUUGAGGCAGGCCUGGUGAAGGUACUGCUUCCUCAUCUGAACAGCAACAACCAGGAGAUGCUGCUGAACACUGGCAGAGCCAUUGGACGCAUCUGCUUUGACAACUCAUACCAACAGGACAUGUUAGUCCAGAGUGGCGUAAUACCCAGACUGGUGUCCAUAAUGAAGGAGUAUUCAGACAACGAUCCACUGGUUAACGUUUGCCUGCUGGCCCUUUGUAACCUGGCUGACAUGGUUACAGACCCUUGUGUUGCAGACUCCGCGAGGGAGGCCCUGUCAGAGCUGGACGUGGCAGAUGUACUAACAUUUCAGUUGAAACGGGCACCUGAUGCCGAACGCCGACAUGUCAUCCUGGAAAUACUGGGUGCACUGGGCGAGAGUGAUACACUUAAGCUGCAGUUUGCAGAGUCAGGAGUACCAGAGGCUCUAUCAGAGAUGAUUCAGUGCCUGCAAGGAGGUUCUGACCCCCAUGACCUCUGCAGCAUCAAGAUCGCCUCCAACCUCAUAGUGUCUCUGCUUUUAGGAGAUGAGUCUAUGCAGAAGUGCUUUGGUGAGGGAUCAGGUCUGGUAUAUCAGGAUGUUCUGUCCUGGCUCCAGAGCUCCAACACUCAGCUGCAGCUGUCUGGGGCCUUGGCCAUCGCCAACUUCGCCAGGAACGACAGUAACUGUGUGAAGAUGCUGGACCUUGGGGUGGUUCCUCACAUCCUGACCUUGUUGGAGCAACAUGUUGACGAGGGAGAUGUGUCUGUUCAGCAUGCUGGACUGAGUGCGCUCAGGAACCUGGCUAUUCCUGCCACUAACAAAGUGCGAAUGCUUGAGGAUGGGGUGACUGAGAGGAUAAAGACCCUGCUACGCUCAGACAUGCCACCUGUUCAGUUCAAACUGCUGGGUACACUACGCAUGAUGGUGGAUGGACAAGAUGAGGCAGCCUUGGUGCUGGGGAGAGAUGCUGUACUGCUGGCUCGGGUCAUGGAAUGGUGUGAAGCCAAAGAUCAUGCAGGAGUCCGAGGAGAAGCCAGCCGCCUGUUGGCUGCCCUCAUCAGACACAGCCGCAGUCCUGAAGUUGUUCUUGCUGUAGCCAAAGCAGAUGGGGUUCGGCACCUUACGUCCAUGGCAACGAGUGAGCAUGUCAUCAUGCAGAAUGAGGCCCUGGUUGCCCUGGCAAUAGCAUCUGCCAUUGACCUUGAGUCUAUGAAGGAUCCAUUAUGGGAGGCAGAGCUGUUGCCCCUGCUUAAGAAGAUGUUGGAGGAUCCUGAAGGGGCGGUCGAAGUCAAGUUCAGUGCUUUAGGUCUCAUCUGCAGCCUGGCUAACUCCAGUGUGAUGAAGGAGGAGUUGAACUCUGUGAAUAUGAAGGAAAGCCUAUCUAAACUGACAAAUCAUAGCAGCAGUAAACUUGCCUCACAAGCCAGUUCCCUAGUGGCCAUUCUCAGUGACACCAGCUAAACCAGCACAUUACAGCAACAAAGGAUCUCAUCUGUUGUAUGGAUUUAUCCUGUUAUUCAAUGACAUACUGUAAUUCAACUGAGCUUUUUGCAGAAGUUUUGCUAACUAUUAAUUUGGCUAUGGCUUUGGCUUUCUGGUAAUCACGUGUCCUCACUAGUAGCCCUCUGAGGCUGCCCUGUUCACAGGAGGAAUAAACAACAUACAGAUACAUUUCCAGUUCUUAAACUCUAAACAAACGCAGGCUCAAUGAGGUCAUUAAUACCAAAGUUGUUAAUUCAAUCAGGAGCAUAAAUGUACUCUGUGAAUUUCACAGUAACCUGUUCCUCAUCAUUACCAUUUCCUGUAUACAAAUGUACAGUCAAUUUUGCAUUGGUGGUGGCAGUAGACAAAAGGUCAUGUAAUCUACAGAGAUUCACAAUUUGCAGGCUAUUAGUAGAAAGUUUUUCUUGUCAUAUAACUAAAAGAUGAUGAUAAACGGGAAAUUAUGAUGGUUCUCAACAGGUAGGUCAAAAAAGCAAACAAAAAAAAUUCUAGUAAUUUGGCCUGCAGUUGUCAUGAUACCUUGAUUUGAACCAAUGUGGUGGAGGGAUGGGACUGGAUGGACUGACAUCACCUGCUUGGGCUUUGCUGCUAUAGGUCAAUAAUACUUAUAAUAAUAAUAAUAUAAUAAUAACUAUGGCAUUCAUAGAAGUUUGCAAUGGUUUAAAACUUCAAAGCAUUUAUCAAAUUUUGAAUUGUGGUAUAGUAAAGGUAUAGCUCAUAGACUAUACUGUGGAUGAAGACUCGGGGUCUGCAGAGUGAUCCCAAUGGGGAAGUACCUGAAAUGUGUAUUCUCUUGCAUUACCAGCAGAGGGCGACUCCACUGGUUGCUAAAAGAAGUCACUUCUCACUUGAUAUUUAACGUCAGUAAACCUAAGAGGUUUAUGAUCUUAAUUUCUUGUUUCAAGUCCUCUCCAAUACAACAUGAUAUUCAUUUUUUAAACUGGUUCUAUUUAGAAUGGAAUAGAUGAUAAAGCGUGUAUACAGCGAGUACAAGGUCAGACAGCAAGUGCAGUCCAAUGGGUGCAGGUUGUAGAUUGACGUGCAGUGUCUUCAGCUCUCAAUCAGGCUCCACCCCCUGUUCCUCUAAAUAUGGUUACAUAUAGUUUCAAAAAACAAAGAUUUGCUGGGGAAAAUGCCAAACUCAAGGCUUCAAAACAGUAGUUCACAAACCAAUGGUGGGUUGCCACUUGGCUGAAGUAUAUCACAAAAAAUAUCUCUACAAGAUUCAAUAAUUUACUUACUAAAAAUGUGUUUUUUUGGAGUUGAAAUAUUGUGAUGGCGGGUCUUUGGUUUUUCAUCACAUAAGGAACUUUAAAGUUGCAAUACUGGAAUGAACAAGUCCAACAAUAUUGUUUGACUUAACAUAUUUAGACUUUGUAAUUUUUAUUUCAUUGACUCGAGUUACCAAUAAAAUCACUGGAUAAACUUGUUUGUAUAAAAGUGCUCGCACAGUGCCGUGGGCUUGCUUUAACAAGAGGCAAUUUUGACAGGCCAGGCUGAUCAAGAUUACCAAAGACUUGCAAUACCAGAAUCUAAUAUACACAUUACCAACUCACCGAAUAUCAUCGAAGCACUUUAAAACACACAGUCCAGAAGGUAAAUCACUUCUGACAUCCUGAGGAAUAGAGUCAAACAAAACUCAUUAACAAGCAAUAAAUCUACAUAGUAUGUUCUGCUGUAGUCCUUGAACCUUUUUGGUAAAUUGGAUAUCCAACACUUUGUCUUAUUGAACAGAUUUAUUACUUAUUUCAAACUCUUCUUCUAUAGCGAAGCUUUAGUGUUGUCUCCAAGUUUUAAUUCUCUUUAGAUAAAAGCGUCAGUCAAAUAUGUCAAUUUAAAUGGAUGUUUUCUAUCUCAAAGGGUCCUGAGCCCAUCCAGUACAACUUGUAUUGUACAUAGGUUGAGGAUGUCUAUAUGAAUGCUUGAAUCAUGUUUCUGUAAACAUCAUGACAUGAAAAGUCCUAAGUUAUCUGCCCUCUCAGGCCUUGAGUAUUAUUAAGUGAGAAGUCAGAUAGGAAAAUCCAGUAUGCUGGAUGUAAUUAUGUUGAUUAUGGGAAUAAUAUUUACAUGCAGUAUUUGUGCAUGACAAGAAUACCAAUUAAAGGUUUUAUCACACCAGAAUGUAGGAAUAUAUUAUGUUUGAAUACAUUACAAUGAAUGGAUACACUCAAAUUGGUAUAUAUUUCCAUGGGUUUCAUUUUGAUUUGUACAUUUCUUUGAUCAGGUUAGAGGCUAUAUAAUAUUCACUGCUACUACAUGUCACAGUAGAACCACUAUCUCAGUCCAAAGAAAAUGCGUCAUUCCUCAAAAGAUACCAUAACUAGACCCCCUACCCAACUACACACUGAAUAAAGUUACUCUAUGUACAAGAGAUCCAACAAAAAAAUAUAGCUAGCUGCUGUGCAGACAGGUAAAAUGGAUCUGUCAUGUCUCAUCCGUGACAGCUCUGUUUUUAAAUCUUCAUGAUUUAAUAAUGUACUCACUCUUGCAGCCCUGAUCGCAGCACACUCUCAGAGGGUCUGCAAAGUGGCUAGCAGCUAAUUAGCAUAAUUCGCAUAGCCAUGCCGAGCUGUUUGUAGCCCAUAGACCAUAAAAAUAAGGUGUAGCUGUGGUGUUUAAAUUUUUUUGAAGCUGAAUGAUGAAAAAGAGCCAAAAUUAUGAUAUAUGUUUGGUUCUGGUUACAGAUGCAACAGAGCACAAAAAGAACAACCAAACACUACUUUUCUGUCUGAUUUGGCCUUAAUCUUUUAUUUAACUUAUAUCUUCAAUCUCCAAACAGGUAGUAGCCUUGAGCCACUGGCUGCUCUCAUAAACGUCAAUGCAGCUCAAGGUCAAAAUCAACAAGUAUGAAGUGUCAGCUGCACAGUCAACAGGGGAAAAAACAUGCCACAGACGCAAUAAUUGAGAAGCUGAACACAGAGAUAAUGUGAUACAACCAAACAGUGUUAGGCUGCAUUAGUGUUAUAUGUUAUGGCCCACAGCAACUAUAAUGGGGAAAAGCAAGUUUUACAUUUGUUAAGGGAAUCCUACAGAAGCACAAUGUGAAGAAACCACACCCAAAUGUAAUUAUAUAUAGAGUAUAGAAUAAUUAUAGUACAGUAUCUGUACAACAGUGCCCCAAUAAUUUCAGUGUGUGUUGUUCGUUUACUCAUAAGGAAUGGCUAAGCAUGUGUUCUAUAAAGUACGAAGUGAAAAUUCUGUCAAUUAACAUAUAAGGCAAGAGGUUUACUGUAAUGUUUUGUGUAAUAUCUUUAUUGAGAUGUAUUCUGUAUACAUAAGGAGAUGUCAUAUAUUUGUGAACAAAUUUGUAUUUUUUUUCAGGAAGGGCAUUUUGUCAGUUUCAGAGCUUUGUUCUUGAGAAAGCAGAAUAAAGUUAAGCAAUGCCUUCCCCAAAA